ACAUGCCAUGUCGUCCCGGUGUAGUGUUAUUAGUACUGGUAAAGUACUCCACACUACUACUACUACUACUGGUAUGUUAUUGUUAUGCUGGUAGUGAUGAGCAGAACAAACCAAACCUGAGGAUAUUUAAUGGAGACGACGCCGCUGAAGGAGAAUACCCGUUUGUUGGUCUCCUGCUGGCUAGUGCUACAUUCUCCAGCGACGGAUCAGGGGGCGGUCAGAACAUGUGCGGGGGCUCUAUCCUGAGUGACAGGAUAAUACUGACAGCAGCUCACUGCGUGGUCAAGGACACUGCUAUCACUGACCAGGACGGGAGUGCUAUAGACGAGCUGUAUUACCCGGUGAACCUGGUGUUCCACGUGGGGGAGACACAUCUGUACGAGACUGAGCAGAGUGAGCAGAUACUGAACGUGGCCGGGAUCAUGGUCCACGAGGAGUAUGAUUCCUACAGUGUUGUUAAUGAUGUGGCAUUACUUGUGCUUGAUAAACCCAUCACCCUGAAUGAUAAGGUGGCUACUAUAGCGCUGCCUGAUCCUGCUGAUAGAGCUACCCUCUAUGCAGACGGCGCUGCUAUCACAGUUAUUGGGUGGGGAACUACAGAGGAUGGUACAACUUCUGAAAAACUAAAGAAGCUGCCCUACACGAUAUCCUCUAAAUCUGAUUGUAAGACUAACUACGGUGAGGGUUUGUUAGACGGGAUGAUGUGUACUGGAACUGCUCCCACAGAGAGACGCGCUGACACUGGAGAUUCUGGUGGUCCACUGUUUACUAAGAAGGACGGAAAGUGGGUCCAGUUAGGCCUGGUCAGCUGGGGACCUACAGAGAUUACAGCUACCUCAUAUGAUGUCAACACUGACGUGCUCUACUUUAGGGACUGGAUAGUAACUCACAAGGAUAGUGCGUUCACGGACUAUGUAACUAGUUUAACAGCUACAAACUCCGCCAAGACUCUGAUCCUGGAGAACCUGGCGAACUAUCUUUAUAAAACUAUUAAAAUAACUCCUGCUACUUCUACCAAACACACCAAAAUAACUAUAAAGUCCGGCACGAUGAAGCCGUACGAUUUCCUAAUAGUGUACGAUGGAGACGAUCCCCUGCAUAACACAAUGCUAGCCCAGCUGUCUGGCACGCUGUCCGAACAGAGCUUCACUUCAUCUACUGUACAGGGGCUGACACUAGCUAUUUUAACGGGUAAAGAAGGAAAGUCAGAUGGGUUAAUUGUGGAGUACUCUGAAGUUUCAGACGCGGGACUAACACUGAGCUCACCUGUUCAACUGGGUACACUGCGUGUGCUGAUAAGUUUUACUGUCUCAACAACAAGCUCUUCUGCGACUCCAAUCAAGAGGGAAACUGUAGAGAUGGUAGCGACGAAGCAGGAGAAUGCCCAACAUCCUCUGGCUCUACAUCAACCAGCACUGACAAGAACAGUUCUACACCCAGCUCCUUCAACACAGUCUUACUUCUUGUGUCUCUCCUUGUUAGGACAAUCAAUACAUUAUAAUUUACACUCAGUUAGUAGUGGAACUGUUUCUAAUGUUGGGUACUAGUAUUGUGUAAUAAUAUGUAAUAAUAGAGUACUGAUAAGUAAUGAUAUGUUUUUAUAGAUUACUAAAUUAUACAAGUAGAAUUAUCUCAUCUUCAUGAUUAUUCCUUUAAUUUCAUUAAUGAUUGCUUGAUAGAACUUUCAUUUCGUCAGAUUCACGUGUAGAUUAUCGAUUUAUAGUCGUAUAAUUUAUCAAGAGAUAUGUUUAUAUGGUUGUAAUUUUCAGAUUAAGUUAUACAGAGUUUUAAUAAUUAUUUAAGUUUUUAAUUCAGUAAAUGUUUAGAUUAUUUAUUUUAUAAGAUAUGAAACUGUACAUAAUAUAUACUUUCUAAAAAUGUUUUUGAAACGAAACUAGAACUACUGUUUCUACCUGUUUUUACUGUUUUUACUUCACCUAAGUAGCUGUAAGAAGCUUAUUUUACCUGUAUAAUAGAUCGCUAAUUGCUGCUACGUAUUACUGCGGUGGUUGUUCUGUUUGUUUCUCAAAAUAUACUAAAAAUAGUUAGACAUGCUUUAAAUUCACCCUUGUAACCUUGGGAACUGUUGUAGGGAUUAUCAUUGUAAUCCUUAUCAUUGUAUCCUUGGGAACCAUUGUAACCUUGGAAACUUUUGUAACCCUUGUAAGGAUUGUCAUUAUAACCUUGGGAACCCUUGUAAUCUUGGGAAGCCGUGCAGGGAUUGUCAUUGUAACCUUGGGAACCCUUGUAGGGAUUGUCAUUGUAACCUUGGGAACCCUUGUAGGGAUUGUCAUUGUAACCUUGGGAACCCUUGUAGGGAUUGUCAUUGUAACCUUGGGAACCCUUGUAGGGAUUGUCAUUGUAACCUUGGGAACCCUUGUAGGGAUUGUCAUUGUAACCUUGGGAACCCUUGUAGGGAUUGUCAUUGUAACCUUGGGAACCCUUGUAGGGAUUGUCAUUGUAACCUUGGGAACCCUUGUAGGGAUUGUCAUUGUAACCUUGGGAACCCUUGUAGGGAUUGUCAUUGUAACCUUUGGGAACCCUUGUAGGGAUUGUCAUUGUAACCUUGGGAACCCUUGUAGGGAUUGUUAUUGUAACAUUGGGAACCCUUGUAGGGAUUGUCAUUGUAACCUUGGGAACCCUUGUAGGGAUUGUCAUUGUAACCUUGGGAACCCUUGUAGGGAUUGUCAUUGUAGCCUUGGGAACCCUUGGCCUUGUAGGGAUUGUCAUUGUAACCUUAGGAACCCUUUACUGUACUAUCAGAUUACAGGAUUCUCACUAAAUUGACAUCAUAUGACUAACACCACAAAUAGUUGCUAUAACAACACAACUGUUCCAUCCUAAUUAGCAGGAGCUAUCUACCUCAUACCAACUAACUAGAGGAUCUAAAACAAGAGAGCUCUAUGAAUAUAUAUGUAUAUAUAUGGGCUCAGCUCUGCUUAUAUAAUAGGUUUAUUAUUUUUCUUUCUAGAAGUUUUAGUAAAAGUUUUUUAGAUGUGAAAAACAAGAAAAACUGACGAAAUCAUUUCUAUGUUCUUCUCAGGUAAAGAUAGUAGUGACGAAGUGAAAGCAAAUUGUGACAAGAUUAACAAAAAUAACGAUACUGACAAUAACGAUACUGACAAUAACGAUACUGACAAUAACGAUACAGACAAUAACGAUACUGACAAUAACGAUACUGACAAUAACGGUACUGACAACAGCAAUGACGAGGGUGAUAGCAACAAUGCUGAUGAAGUUGAGGAUGACAAAUCAGGAGAUAUCAGAAUUUACCGGACUCCAGUGUUACUAUGUUUGUGUUUAGUUCUACUGUUUGUUUUAUAAACAAUGCGAUACUUGAAAUCCUAUUUAAGAAUGACAACAAAUUUUAAAUCAAAAGCAGUUUUAUUUUUAAAGGUUUUAUUCAGUUUCUAAUUUGUUUGAAAUUUAUUAUAAUUGGUAAAGAACUAAAGAGUUUGUGAUUUGAUAGCAGAAGUUUCUACUGUUCUAUUGUAUAAAUGUAUGUGUAGAUAUUUAUUUUAAAUCCUUCGAUUUUAGCC